AUGCAAGGUACAGCCGGGCCUACGACCGGAGCAGGGCAACAAGGAGGCCUGCAUGGGGCCCAACCCUACUAUCAUCCACAGCAUGCCGCAGCACCGGCCCAUACACAGGAACAGGUCCAACCGGAUAGGCCCAUUGGGUACGGAGCCUUCGGAGUUGUUUGAUAUAGGCCGUUAUAUUUAUUUGAGAAAGAUGCGAUAAGCAGCGGUAUGACUGGUGAAGAACAGGAUAGUACUGACCCACAUGAAACAUAA